AUGACGGUCAACGGAUCUGCCAAGCCUCAUGAGGUGUCCGCGGAGGCGAAAGAACUAUGGCGGCACUCAGAUCCGCAGAGUACCCAGAUAUAUGAUUUCAUGCAGCGCUUGAAUCAAAAGUACCAACUUUCUCUUCAGAACUACAAUGGUCUCUGGCAGUGGAGUAUAUCUAGGCCUUCCGAGUUCUGGGAGGAGAUUUGGCACUAUACCAAUAUCAAAGCUCACAAACAGUAUGAUCGUGUCAUGUCUUCCGAGAAAGUACUCUUUCCCAGGCCUCAUUUCUUUGAGGGAAGCAAACUAAACUUUGCGGAAAACCUGUUGUACCCGGCAAGCUCACCAGCCGAAGAUACUACUGCAGUGAUUUCUGCCACAGAAUCUGAUAGGGAAUUCGUUUCCUGGAAAGAGCUGCGGGAGCGCGUUCGCAAGUGUGCCAAUUCUCUCAAAGAGGCAGGCUUGCAAUCAGGUGAUCGUGUGGCAGGCUUCCUCGGCAACCAUGCUAACACCGUCGUUGCAAUGCUGGCGACGACCUCAAUAGGUGCCUUCUGGACCGGCGUGUCCCCCGAUACGGGGGUCCACGCGGUUCUGGAGCGCCUGAGACAGAUCGGGCCGAAGAUUUUAUUUGCCGAUAACGCCUCGUUAUAUAACGGCAAAGUGCAUAGUGCCCGUGAAAAAAUUCGUCAGAUUGUCUCUGAUCUGCCAGAGCUUCAGCUGCUGGUAGUCUUUGAGACUAUCAAGCCGCAUCAAUUCAAUGUCGAUGAAGUAAAGCCAACCCAAGGGAAAGCGUGUACAUACGAGACAUUCUUGGCUUCUGUUUCAAAUGCAUCAGCCGCCCUUGAGUUUGCCAGCCUUGAUCCUGAUCACCCUGUUUACAUACUUUACUCGUCUGGCACCACUGGUGCGCCCAAACCCAUUGUCCAUGGAGCGCUGGGAACGUUGCUGCAGCACAAGAAGGAGCAUGUGCUCCAUUGCGAUAUUCGUCCAGGAGACCGCUUGUUCUAUUUUACGACCACAACAUGGAUGAUGUGGCAUUGGUUGGCGUCUGGUCUUGCCAGCGGUGCCACCGUCGUCCUCUACGACGGUUCUCCUUUCCGACCCUUGGACCCGGAAGGAGGGAACGGGGAGAUGGCCAUGCCGCGCCUGAUCGAUGAGUUGCGAAUUACGCAUUUUGGGACAUCUGCAAAAUUCCUUUCCAUCUUAGAGCAGGCCUCACUGAAACCAACACAACACCCUCACCGGCCAGUGACCUUGCAAACACUGAAGGCUAUUUUCAGCACUGGGUCUCCUCUGGCACCCUCUACAUUCGAAUAUGUGUACUCUUCCAUUCACCCGGAUGUUAUGCUGGGUUCCAUCACCGGCGGUACCGAUAUUCUCUCACUGUUCUGUGCGUGUUGCCCCAUUUUACCUGUUUACAAAGGCGAAAUUCAAUGCCGUUGUCUCGGAAUGGCGGUGUCGGCAUACGACUACUCUGGAACUGAUAUCAGCGCCACGAACGAGCCCGGUGACCUCGUGUGUACAAAACCAUUUCCCGCCCAGCCGGUGAUGUUCUGGCCACCGGGCCCAGUUGGCGCGGAAAAAUACCGCAAGAGCUAUUUUGACGUCUUCGGCCCACGCAUUUGGCAUCAUGGCGACUUUGUCCGGAUCAACCCACGCACCGGGGGAGUACACAUGCUUGGCCGAAGCGAUGGUGUUCUGAAGCCGGCAGGUGUUCGAUUCGGAAGUGCAGAAAUCUACAACAUCCUCCUGAAACACUUUGCUGAGGAAAUCGAAGAUUCUUUGUGCGUAGGACGCAGGCGAGAGGGCAUCGAUACUGACGAGACUGUCGUACUAUUUGUGAAGCUCGCCUCGCAUGGCAAGACGCCCACAACCAUGCCUGCGGACCUUGCGGCGCGGAUUCAAGCCACUAUCCGCAAAGAGCUCAGUCCUCGCCACGUCCCCGGUAUAGUGGAUGUCUGCCCUGAAAUUCCGGUGACAUCCAACGGCAAAAAAGUCGAAAAUGCGGUGAAGCAGAUCCUUUGCGGACUAAAUAUCAAAAUUGGUGCAAGUGUCGCAAAUGCUGGUUGUCUGGACUGGUAUAGGAACUGGGCUGCUAAGCAUCCAUAG